AUGGAAGAACUCAUCAUCUACACAACCAACAAGGGUGCAUGUGCGGUGGAUCUGCAUUCCGGCAACAACAUUACGCACUUCAAAAACGAUGAGACGGCCCCCAAUCUGUCCGUCUUUCUCACAAACACCCCCUCGGGCAACCCUCUGCUGUUUUCUGCCCAGACCAAGGGAGCGAUGAUGCACGUCUACAACUGGAACCGAGAGUCUGUGGACCAGCAGAUUGUUCUUCCGGAAAAGCUGAGCUGUCUGGCUGCCAGCACAUGUGGUACUUGGCUAGCGGGAGGAUCAGCUUCCGGCCGGCUGUUUGUGUGGGAAUUGGCGUCUGGAAAGCUCGUCUUUUCGCGCGAGGUGCAUUACCAGGCCGUAACCAAGUUGGCCUUCACCGACGGCCUGCUGUUUUCCACCUCCAAGGAUGCCCGAGUGCUGGGAUGGUCGCUGGUGACCAUGGCUUCUGACCCCAAGGACUGCCAGCCCUGUAUCACCUGGACCGAACACAACCUCGGAGUCGUGGACCUGGUGGUCGGCGGCGGCCCCACACGUGACACCCGUGUGUUCACAGUCUCCACUGACAAGACGGUGCGAAUCUGGGACGUUUCUUCCACAGCCCUGCUCACAACCAUUACUCUGCCUGCUGCCGAAACCCCCACUACUCUGGCAGUUGAUCAGCUCGAACGAACACUGUUUGUGGGUUGCGCCUCCGGGAAUAUCCUGUCUGUGUCUCUCUACGACGUGUCGCCCAGUACAGGUCUGGUUUCUGUGGGGGGAGCUUCUGGAGUGGUGGAGUCCGGCAACGUUGCUCUUUCCCACCAUAAGAGCGCGGUCACCUCGCUGGCUCUGUCUUUCGACGCCACCCUGCUCGUCUCAGCCGACGACAAGGGCUUCAUCUGUGUCUGGGAUCUGCCCUCUCGACAGGUCUCACGAUCGAUCAAGCAGCCCCGAGCCGAAAUGAACCCUGUCACCUACGUCCAGACCAUCACCACACACGGUCUUCCCACCGAAAAGUACAAUCCCAAGACUGCCGUCAAGCUGCCCAUGCUGAAACGAGUUCAAGACGACAAACCCGAGGACCAUGACAUUCUGGUGAAGAUCCAGCCCAGACAGAAGACCGUGGCCCACGAAGACACUCUGCAACAGAUGGUGGAGAGCGCGCAGUUUGGAGGCGAUUCUCUGGCCGGCAAGGUGGUUCAGCUUGAAAAUGAGCUGAGUCAGGCCAAGAGCAGUUUUGCCUCGUUGAAGGAGAGUCAUGAUACUCUGUGGAAUAUUUACCAGCGACAGCAGUAG